AGACGGUAAACUUAUUUCCCACAUGAGAGCUGAUUUUAUCCAUCAGUUAAUCAAUAAGUCCUCUGACGUUGCAUGAAAGAAAUCAAGCUCUUUUUUCCUUUGCAAAAUGACAAUUCGGUCAAACCCUGUAUGUAGAAAAUGAACAACGUUCUAUCCUUCAACCAUAAAGGCCCUCAGACCUCCAUGAUGGUAUGUGCAAGCAUUAUUUUUGAUGAGGACUAUUUCACAAAAUACAUUUCACAAAUUUGUACUUCACAAAAUACAAUGCAAUGAAAACACGAACACACGUUACUGGGCAAUAUUUAGAGUAUAAAAAGUUGAGGAGAAAGUUUCUAAAAGCCCAGCGCGUGUCCAGAAUCCUUCUAUCUGCAGCUGUCUGGACACACAAUGGCCGACGUGGUUGGAGCUGCCGGCCCCACCUCCUCUGGCAUGCCCUCUGACCUUCAGCCGCAGCAUUAUAUAUAGCUGGGGGGGGACCGUCGGAAGGCCCCUGGCAGCCGAAAUGAAGUCUCUGGCGUCGGCGUGCUGCUUGCUGUCCCUCUUGGUUCUGUCAGCUGCAGAUCGCCUGGCGGACUCCUCGGUCCACGAUGAGGAGCCCCUGAUGCGGCUGCAGCUCCAGCCGUCGGAGGGAGACCUGUUCCCCUGCGGGUGCGAGGCCACAGAGGAGCACGCCAGCCAGAGCUCCUCCAACGACACCCCGGCCCCGGAGCGGGCCGUGUGCCAGCCCUGCAAGCACCUGCCCGCCGCCGGAGAGGAGCCGGCCGCUCCGUCAGAGGACGAGGAGGAACCUCCGUCUGAGGUAGACCCCUCCUCCGAGGUGGUCGCAGCCGAAGAAGACCAGGAGGAAGCGGCGGAGGAGGAGGAUGAGGUGACAUCCGAGGAAAAGGCCGAAGCAGAGCCCGAAGAUCAAACUGGAGAAGGCCAUGUUUUUGAGGGUGUUUCAUCACCCGAGGAGGAGACUGCUGCCGAGACUGGGGCUGAAGAGGAGGAACUCAAUGAAGGUGAAGAUGAAGAUAUGGAGGAGGUAUCCCAAACAGAAGAAGUGAAUCCAAGCGAGGAGGCUGUGGUUUCUGAAGAGGCUGUGGAGGAAACGGAGGAUGCGGACACGCAAGAGGAAACCGAGCCAGUAGAGGAGCAGAUGAGUGAGGAAACUGACCCGGCUGCUGAGGAGGAGGAUGAAGAAGCUGAGACUGACUCAGAACCAGACGAGCCUCUUGAAACAGACCCUGAACCUGAAGCUGAAGUAACAGAACCAGAAGAGUCAAACCCUGAGUCGCAUGGUGUUUCAGAGGAGGUUUUAGAUCUAGAGUUAGAAACAGAAGUGAUAGCAGAACCAGAACCAGAACCAGAAGUGAUAUCAGAGCCUGAGCCAGAACCAGAACCAGAAUCAGAACCAGAACCAGAAGUGAUAUCAGAGCCUGAGCCAGAACCAGAAGUGAUAGCAGAACCUGAUCCAGAACCAGAAGUGAUAGCAGAACCUGAACCGGAGCCAGUAUCAGAACCAGAGGUGAUAGCAGAACCUGAGCCAGAACCAGAAGUGAUAGCAGAGCCUGAACCUGAACCAGUACCAGAACCAGAAGUGACAGCGGAGCCUGAGCCGGAACCAGUACCAGAACCAGAAGUGACAGCGGAGCCUGAGCCGGAACCAGUACCAGAACCAGAAGUGAUAGCAGAACCUGAGCCGGAGCCAGUAUCAGAACCAGAAGUGAUAGCAGAACCUGAGCCAGAACCAGAAGUGAUAGCAGAGCCUGAGCCGGAGCCAGUAUCAGAACCAGAAGUGAUAGCAGAACCUGAGCCAGAACCAGAGGUCCUUCCUCCAGUGGAGGCUGAACCCGCGGAGGAGGCCUCCACAGCCCCCACCGGGGCAGCAUCAGUGGACGAAGUGGUGGUGGAAAGCCCGGAGGAGACCUCGGCGCCUGCAGAAGCUCCAGCGGAGGAAGUGACUGUGGAGGAUGAGCCUGCUCAGACUCAAACCAAAGGUAAUAAAGUGUCUACACAUCAGAGAUGA